AUGGUGGAUCAGAGAAGCGCUUUGUUCUUCUGUCUGGUACUGUUCGACUGUGUUUUGUCUCAAUCACGGACACGAUUCGACGAGACAAUCACUCUGCUUCGUCUCCGGUCUACUCUCGGUUUAAGAGGAACCGAUUGGCCAAUCAAAGGCGAUCCCUGCGCCGUGUGGAGAGGGAUACAAUGUGACGGCAACGGAAGCAUCGUCGGGAUCAACAUUUCCGGGUUUAGGAGGACCAGAAUCGGUAAGCAAAACCCACAAUUCGCUGUUGAUCCGCUUCUCAAUCUCACCCGUCUUGUCUAUCUCAACGCCUCUGGAUUCUCAUUACCCGGUUCUGUUCCUGACUGGUUCGGUCUUCGCUUGUCGACAUUGCAAGUCUUAGAUCUUAGUUCCUGUUCCGUGAGUGGUGUUGUUCCUUUAACUCUCGGUAAUCUCACUUCUUUGAAGAGCUUGAAUCUCUCUCGGAACAGUCUCACCGGUUUGGUUCCAACCAGUUUAGGAGACUUGUCUAAUCUCCACGAGAUUGAUCUCUCUAAGAACACGCUCACUGGGACACUUCCUCAAUCUUUCAGCUCUUUCAAGAACCUGAGAGUUCUUGAUGUUUCUUCGAACUACCUCACCGGACCGAUCCCUCCCGGUUUAGGAUCGCUACCGGAGCUUCUCCACCUGAACUUCUCAAGCAACAGUUUCUCCUCUUCGAUCCCUUCGCAGCUCGGCGAUCUCGUCAAUCUUGUUGACCUUGACCUCAGCAUCAAUUCACUCUCUGGUUCAGUUCCUCAAGAGCUUAACAAGCUAAAGAAUCUGGAGAAUCUUGUGAUUAGUGAUAACCUCUUGAGUGGAUCUUUACCGGUUGAUCUGUGCAGUCCCUCGAGCCGGCUACAAACUCUGGUUCUGAGCGAGAACGGUUUCUCCGGUAACCUACCUGACACGUGCUGGUCGAUGCCUAGCUUGCGUGUUCUCGGCAUUGCCAAGAACAACUUAACAGGAAUGCUCCCAAAUUCAGGCUCUGCGACGAUGAUGAUGGUCGAUAUCUCCUCGAACACGUUCUACGGGGAGCUCACAGAGAUUCUCGCAAGGUUCGGGGAGAUAAACCUCUCCGGUAACUACUUCCAAGGCAAGGUUCCAGAUUACGUGCACGGAGCAGCAAACAUUUCCGUUACAAGAAACUGCCUUCAGAACGAGAAGUCACAGAAGUCUUCAGAGGAUUGCUCAUCGUUCUACACAACUAGAGGACUAGUCUUUGAAGGUUUCGGACGCACGAACUCGACUCAACCGGUAUCCGAGAAGGCGUCGUCGUGGUUAAGCCACAGGACGGUGAUUAUACUAGCAGCAGUCGGUGGAGGGAUCGGUUUCAUUCUGCUCUUCGUUCUCUUGCCGAUUCUUGUGGCUGUAUGUAUACGGAGGAGAAGGAGAGUGUCCCGGAGAGGAAACGUUGACAGGCCGAAACCCGCCACGGAGGCUUCACAGCCGCCUAAAGGAGCACAGACGUUUGAUCUGUCACGUCUCGGGAACGCGUUUUCGUAUGAGGAUCUUCUCCAGGCGACAGAGGAGUUCAACGAAGCCAAUCUGAUAAAACGAGGCCACUCGGGGUUGUUGUUCCGUGGCUUCUUGGAGAACGGCGUGCCCGUUGUGAUCAAGAAGAUGGAGACGAAGGAAGGUAAAAGCGAAGGGUAUAUAUCGGAGCUGGAGUUGUUUAGUAAAGCUGGACACCAGAGGCUUGUUCCGUUUCUUGGACAUUGUUUGGAGAGUGAGAGCCGGAAGCUUUUGGUGUACAAGUUUAUGAGGAACGGAGAUUUGGCUAGCGCUUUGUUCAGGAAAGCUGAGAACGAAGGCGAUGGUUUGAAGUCUUUGGAUUGGAUUACGAGGUUGAAGAUUGCUCUUGGUGCAGCUGAGGGAUUGGCUUAUCUGCAUCACGAGUGUUCUCCAUCUCUUGUUCACAGGGAUGUGCAAGCAAGUAGCAUACUUCUUGAUGAUAAGUUCGAAGUACGUCUCGGAAGCCUAAGCGACGCAUAUGCACAAGGAGAUGCUUAUCAAAGCAGGAUUUCUCGUUUACUUCGGUUACCACAAUCGACUGAAGCAUCCUCUUCAGGUGCAGCGAAUGCGACAUGUGCCUAUGAUGUCUACUGCUUCGGCAAAGUGUUACUGGAGCUAGUGACGGGGAAGCUCGGGAUCAGCUCGCCAGACAACGCAGAAGCGAAAGCGUACAUGGAGGAAGCUCUGCGAUACAUCAGCACAAACGAGAAGGAGCUGGUGACAAAGAUCUUAGACCCUUCACUAAUGGUGGACGAGGACCUUCUUGAGGAAGUAUGGGCGAUGGCUAUCAUCGCAAAGUCGUGCCUAAACCCGAAACCAACGAGACGGCCGUUGAUGAGACACAUCGUGAACGCGCUCGAGAACCCUUUGAAAGUGGUGAGAGAGGAUAACAACUCUGGCUCGGGGUCGUCGAGGCUGAGGACGAACUCGUCGAGAGGGUCUUGGAACGCUGCUAUAUUCGGGAGCUGGAGGCAGAGCGCGUCGGAUGUAACCGCGGGACAAGUUGGAGGAGGAGGAGCAAUCGGUGGUGGUGGUGGUAACAGCGGUUUGAGAAACUCGGGGUCACAAGGGAGUAGUGGAAGGAAUAAUAAUAACAAUGGGAAUUCGUCGUCGAGGAGACGGCAGUCUAGUGAGAUUGUGCCGGAGCCGGCUGUUUAUGGAGAAGAUGUAUGA